CCGCACGCGUCACAUGCCCGGGCCGCGUCACGUGGCGGCUCCGCCAUGGCGUCGCUGGGGGCGGUGGAGGCCAGGGCAGGGUCUCUGUUCCAGCCGCUCAGCGCCGAGGACGGCGAGCAGCGCCCGGCCGAGAUCGAGUCGCUGUGCAUGAACUGCUUCCGCAGCGGUGUGACGAGGCUCCUGCUCACCAGGAUCCCCUUCUUCAAAGAGGUCAUCGUCAGCUCCUUCAGCUGUGACAGCUGCUCCUGGUCCAACACCGAGAUCCAGUCUGCAGGCAGGAUCCAGGAGCAGGGCGUGUGCUACAGCCUGACUGUCACCUCCCGCCAGGACAUGAACAGGGAGGUGGUGAAGACAGACUGUGCCACAGCCCGAAUUCCAGAGCUGGACUUUGAGAUCCCAGCGUUCACCCAGAAGGGAGUCCUGACCACCAUUGAAGGGAUCAUUGACAGAGCUGUGGCAGGCUUGGAGCAGGACCAGCCCAUCCGCAAGGCACAGGAUGAGGAAGUGGCAGGCAAAAUCGAGGAGUUCAUCGGCAAACUGAAGCAGCUGAAGGAAGUUCCUUCCCCUUUCACCUUUGUCCUCGAUGACCCUUCAGGGAACAGCUUUGUGGAGAACCCCCAUGCGCCACAGAGGGACCAGGCCCUGCUGGUCACUCGCUACAGGAGGACUCCCCAGCAGGCUGCCAUGCUGGGGCUGGAGGGAGAGGAGCAGGGUGAGAUACCAGCAGAUUGUGCAGAGGACCUGAGGAACGAGGUGCUGCAGUUCAACACCAACUGCCCUGAGUGCAAUGCCCCAGCGAACACCAACAUGAAGCUAGUUCAAAUCCCCCACUUCAAGGAAGUGAUUAUCAUGGCCACCAACUGUGACUGCUGUGGGCACAGGACGAAUGAAGUGAAGUCUGGAGGAGCAAUCGAGCCCCAGGGCACCAGGAUAACCCUUCGGAUUACAGACCCCUCUGACAUGACCAGAGAUGUCCUAAAGUCGGAGACCUGCAGUGUGGAGAUCCCGGAGCUGGAGUUUGAGCUGGGGAUGGGAGCACUGGGAGGGAAGUUCACCACCCUGGAGGGGCUGCUGAAGGACAUCAGAGACCUGGUUGAGAGGAACCCCUUCACCCUGGGGGACAGCUCAGUGCCUGGCAAGGCUGAGAAGCUGCAGGAAUUCAUUGGGAAGCUGCAAGAGGUCAUAGAGGGGAAGACAAAGGCUCACUUCAUCAUGGAUGACCCUGCAGGCAACAGCUACCUCCAGAAUGUGUAUGCCCCAGAAGAGGACCCAGAGCUGACAGUGGAGCGCUACGAGCGAACCUUUGAGCAGAACGAAGACCUGGGCCUGAAUGACAUGAAGACGGAGGGCUACGAGGCGGAGCAAGCCCCGGGCCGGUAGCUGAGUGCCGCUGGACCCCUUCACCCUCUUCCCCCAUGGCUCUGGGGACCAGGACUUGUCGGGGGGCUAAGACCUCGUUCUCUGUCCCGGACUAUCCCGAGGGCAGCAGGGACGAGCGCUGAGGCCUUGCUCUGGAAGUGUGCGGUGGGGAGGUGCCGUUUGGGUGCCCUAUUGGGGUCCCUCUGGGCCGCGACUGCCCCCGAAUAAAAGCGUUGAUGGAA